AUGGGAUUCCAGGCAAAGGAGCUACCGCUUCAAGCGGAUGCUGAGCGUCCUGAUUUCAUGAACCCCGCGGUUUUUCGCAGAAACACCCUCCCCGCACGCUCCUACCACAUCCCCGCGACAUCUCUACUUCUCAAUGGCGCCUGGGACUUCAGCAUGUCGCGAUCGCCUCUGGAGGCGCCAGAGCCUAGCGAAGAGCCAUCCGAGGAUUGGUCGAGCAUCAAUGUCCCAGGCCAUUGGCAAUUACAGGGAUGGGGAAAGCCAAACUACACAAACACUCAAUUCCCGAUCCCAGUGUGCCCGCCGUUCGUACCAACAGAGAAUCCCACGGGCACAUACCGUCGGAAAUUUGAAGUGCCAGCUCAAUGGCAAUCGGAUGAUAUGGAAAUUCGAUUGCGCUUCGAUGGUGUCGAUAGUGCAUACCAUGUCUGGGUGAACAAGUCUUUGGUUGGAUACGCGCAAGGGAGCAGAAAUCCUUCUGAGUUUGAUGUCACGCCUUUCUUGAAGACAGGCGAAAAUGAAGUCUUUGUGCGAGUAUACCAAUGGUCAGAUGCGACGUACAUUGAGGAUCAGGAUCAGUGGUGGCUGUCAGGAAUCUUCCGAGAUGUGAACCUGAUUGCAUUGCCUGCAAAGGAUCGCUUGAAUGACUGGUUCAUUCGUACGGAUCUGGAUUCGGAAUACACCAACGCGACACUUCUUGCAACGAUUGACUACCAGGUUUCUGAGACUGGUACCAUUGCCCUCAACCUGCUCGAGUCAAUUAACGGCGAAAGUCAGAUAAUUGCUUCGACCCAGCGGGACGUGCAGUCCACGGCGUCUACAGUCGAUCUGAACUUGCCUGUGGCCGAUCCCAAGAAAUGGACGGCUGAGCGGCCUUAUCUUUACGAGGUGGAGAUGAUCUUGACCACAGCUGGAUCCAACAGGACAUUCAGAACCACACAGCGCAUCGGCUUCCGCAAAGUCGAGCGCAAGGAUGGCUUGAUCACCGUGAAUGGAAAGGCAAUUCGGCUUCGUGGAGUCAACAGACACGACCACCACCCUACUCUGGGUCGUGCUGUGCCACUGGACUUCAUGAAGAAGGAUCUGCUUCUCAUGAAAGCACACAACGUCAAUGCACUUCGUUGUAGUCAUUACCCGCCAGACGCUCGACUUCUCGACCUGGCUGAUGAAAUGGGCUUCUGGGUCAUCGAUGAAGCAGAUCUUGAAUGUCAUGGCUUCUACGAUGCCGUUGCACGUCCAAUGGAUAUGGAUGAAACACUAGGCUACGAAGAACGCAAGGCGAUGACAUUCCCAAAAUGUGCGGUUCACACAUCAGACAAUCCUGUCUGGCGGGAAGCCUACAUUGACCGAGCUCGCUCUCUGAUCCAGCGAGACAAGAACCACACCAGUGUCAUCAUCUGGUCUAUGGGAAAUGAAGCUUUCUUUGGCACAUGCCACCGAUCUAUGGUGGAGUAUGCCAGGGCCUUUGAUAGCACGCGAUUGGUCCACUAUGAGGGUGAUGUCGAUGCAGAGACCACCGACAUGUUCAGUUACAUGUACCCCGAGAUCAACCGACUACGAUCUCUGGCAGCCAGCGAGGGGGUCAAAGAUGGCAAAUUCGACAAACCCAUCAUCCUCUGUGAAUACGCUCAUGCCAUGGGUAACGGACCUGGCCUACUUGCUGAUUAUGAAAAAUGCUUUGAUGAGAUUCCACGACUGCAAGGUGGAUUCAUUUGGGAAUGGGCUAAUCAUGGUUUAUAUGUUGAGGGGAAGAAUGGGAAAGACGGUUUCUAUGCGUACGGUGGUGAUUUCGAUGAUUACCCGAAUGAUGGGACAUUUGUGAUGGAUGGUUUGCUGAACAGUGUUCAUGAGCCUUUGCCUGGCUUGCUAGAGCUGAAAAGGGUCUUGGAGCCGGUGAAGCUUGAAGUUCGUGGACAGACUUUGUUUAUCAAGAACCGUUACGACUUCUUGGAUACAAGUCACCUCCAGGCUUCAUACAAACUUGAAGCAUUUGGCAAACAAUCGAGUGUUUUAGCAACCGGAGUGCUGGAGCUGCCCGUUCUCGCUUCUGGGGAGUCAGCCGAGAUCAGCCUUCCUUCAGACAUUUUUGAGAGUAAAGCUCAUCCAGCCUACUUGACUGUCAAGCUGGAGCAAAAGGAAAAGGUCGAUUGGGAUCAAGGAACUUUUACCGUUGCCUGGACCCAGGCAUUAGUGUCAAAGCCAACCGAGAAUGCUCCAGUUGACAGUGGAGUCUCCGCAAACGGUACUCGAGAUGCCAUUGUGACCAAAUCCACGAAGACAGUAGUAUCAAUCAGUGGACCAAACUGGUGCUUCGAGUUUGAUCGCGUCCGAGGCCAUCUCAAGAGAUGGAUUCAAAACUCGACAAGCCUUCUUGAGCCAGACAACACAACGGGCCUGGCCAUGCUUCCUGGAUUCUGGCGUCCUCCGACUGACAACGACGUACCAUCUGCAGCGCCGUACUGGAAGCGAUUCGGAGUGAACAAUCUCACGAACCAGCUCCGCUCCUUCGACACAUCCUCAACAGCCGACGGAGGCGUUUGCAUCGAAAGCGAAACUUUCCUUUCGCCUCCAGUCCUCUCAUGGGGAUGGAAGUGCCUCGCACGUUACAUCAUCAAACCCAAUGGCUCUCUAUCCAUCAGCAUGAGCCUGAAGCCCACAGGAGCCGCACCAAAAACUGUCCCCCGCGCCGGUUUAAACCUUCGCGCAAACCACAUCUUGCAGUCUGCUCGUUGGCUCGGAUUAGGUCCUGGUGAAUCCUACCCUGAUAAGAAGGCAGCUCAAUCAUUUGGUUUGUGGGGCAGUGAUAUCACAGGCCUGGAAACGGUCUAUGACAUCCCACAGGAAAAUGGAAACCGCACAGACACCGCUUGGGUAGAGCUUUGCGCACCCAAUGGCACAGGCUUCCGCGCAAGCCCACAGGGACCUACGGUGGUCAAUGGGGGAUCGGAAAAUUUGAGUUGGAAGGCUAGCCGGUAUUCUGACGAGGCGAUUGAGGCGGCACGACACCCUUGUGAUCUAGUUGAGGAUGAGGUUCUGUUUGUGAGGUUGGAUGACCAGGUAGCCGGUGUUGGAACUGCAGCUUGUGGGCCAGGACCUAUGGAUGAGCAUUUGGUCAAGGUGCAAGAUAUCACUCUCAGCUUGUUGCUGGAGCCUGUGUCUUCGUAA